AUGUCCCAACCAACUCUCCUGAUCAUUCCGGGCUCCUUUUCGCCCCCAGCCCUUUACAAAAACCUCGUUGACAAUCUCCGAUCGCUCGGUUUCGAAACAAUCGUCGAACCCCUCCAAUCUGCCAUUCGAAAGGAGUCUCCGCCAUCGUCUUCAAUGUACGACGACGCAUCCCACUUUCGCAACGUGAUCACCAACCUAGCUGAUCAGGGAAAAGACAUCGUUCUUAUCCCCCAUUCAUACGGCGGAAUCGUCGCCAACGAAAGCGCAAAAGGACUUCUUAAGUCCGAUCGAUCGAAAGCCGGAAAGACAGGAGGAAUCGUGGAAAUAAUCAACAUCAGCACUCUCACUCCCGCAGUGGGCCAAUCUGGUCUCGACGUUGCGGGAAAACUCGGUCUUGACCAAUUCCCCGUCGAGGGCGAAUACAUGGUCCUCGAAGACGAGGGAUGCGCGAAGGCGAACUACAAUGAUGUUCCCUGGGAGCAGGCGUUGGAAAUGGCGAAAGGACAUAGCGAUCAUUCAGCUAGGAGCUUUAGAGACAAGCUUACUUAUGCGGCUUAUUUGGAUAUUCCAUCAUCGUGGGUGUUUUGCGAACAGGAUGUAUUACUUCCGCCUGCUUUUCAAAGGGAGACGAUUGAUUUGAUUGAGCAGCGGAGUGGGAAGAAGGUUCGCGUUUUUGGAAUUGAUGCUGGUCAUUGUGUUACUUCGACUCGGCCGAAGGAACUGGCGGCCUUGAUUCAGAAGAUCUUGAGCAAUUGA